UAGCAAUUUGCAAAUGGCAAAUUUCUUACCAGUUUCUCAUGACUUGAUUUUCAGUCUUCAUUAGACGCGCUCAUUUCUUCUUUAAAAUCUCUAGAAAAAAAAUAUUUCAGGAGAAUUCUUUCUCUCGCUAGAAACAAGAGAUUCUUUAGAUUGCUUUUGUCCUUAACUUUUGCAACUUCUUUUCACCAUAUUAUCAGGAUUAUAUUUGAUUAUUCUUCAGUUGCCUGAUCAGCGUCUGCGCUUAUCUUCUUAAGAGAAUGUUCGGUUUAAAGAAAUCUCCUUUACACCUUGGUAGGCACAAGAAGGUUGACCAACAAUAUCACGAACCUCCUCGUUCUAACCCUUUUGAUUCUGAUGAUGAGUUGGAUAGUAAGAAAACCCUUAAACCUUCGAGAAGAACUUCUUCAGAACCUGAUCUGACUACACCAACAAAUUUUGGUAGGAAUCCUUUUGAUGAUGAGGAUGGAAAAGGGACAUCUUCAACCUCAUCGUAUUCCAACACCUCAUCGGCAAGAAAUAACUACAAAAAUGAUUUCCGCGACUUGGGAGGAGUAGAGAACCAGUCGGUGCAAGAAUUGGAGAACUAUGCGGUGUACAAGGCUGAGGAAACUACAAAGGCAGUCAAUGGCUGCUUGAAGAUUGCUGAGGAAAUUAGAGAUGAUGCAAACAAGACUUUGAUCACCUUGCAUCAGCAGGGGGAGCAAAUUUAUAGGACUCAUAAUAAGGCCGUCGAGAUCGAUCACGAUCUUAGUAGGGGUGAGAAACUUCUUGGAAGUCUUGGGGGCAUGUUCUCUAGAACUUGGAAGCCAAAAACUAAUCGUCCGAUUAAUGGUCCUGUUAUCACAAGAGAUAGCUCACCUAAUAGAAGAGGUAACCACUUGGAGCAGAGAGAGAAGCUGGGAUUGAACACUGCACCCAAAGGUCGGACUGGCACAAGAACACCCGUUCCUGAGCCUACCGAUUCAUACCAGAAAGUUGAGGUUGAAAAGGCAAAACAAGACGACGGUCUUUCUGAUCUGAGCAAUCUUUUGGGAGAGCUAAAGAAUAUGGCUGUUGACAUGGGGAGCGAAAUAGAAAGGCAAACCAAAGCUUUGGAUCAUACUCAGGAUGAUGUGGAUGAACUGAAUAUCCGUGUUAAAGGAGCUAAUCAACGUGGCCGCCGUUUGCUUGGAAAAUAGGCUGCACCUUGCCGUGUUUGAUCAAACACUGACAUGCUCAUUCCUUUGGACAUUUUUCUCCGUUCUCAUUCCUUUCAUGUUUGGAUUUGGAAUUAGAUUUUUAUGUUGAAUUCUUUUUUUUUUGUCGCUUAAUCCACGUUACUAUAUAUUCAAUAUUAGAAGCUGUACCCAUGCUGCUGUAUGUAUAUGUCAGAAAAGGUUUCAGGAUCCUUUAAUAAUUUUAACCAAAUUGAAUUGGAGCAAAAUGCAUUUUAUUGAGUUGAUACCUUUAAUCACAA